AUGAGUGCGCCAAAGAUCUCCCUCGCUCUGGGAGCGAAGCGGCAGGCCCCUUCGACCACAAAUGGGGUCAAACGCCCGCGCGCAGCACUUCAAGAAGAUGAAGAUGAUGGCGUGGAAGUAGGCCGCACAGAAUCAGUCUCACAUUUCGACAAGACCGCUGGCGGCGCAAUUGACUCCAGUCGCAAGCAAGAAACUCAAGGUCCUUUAGUCAUCCCCAGGCAGGUGAACCGCAAUUGGAAGGAAGCCGCAAAUCAGCGAAAGCGACAGAAAAGUGGACUUCCUGAAGGCGCAGGUGGUGGAAGGGAGGGCUUGGAUCGCAGGGUCGCGGCAGUUGAAGCGGAACUCGAGGCUGCGAAGCCAAAAUUUGGCUUGAACACAUAUGACAAACCUGUCGUUGGAGAUGCCGAUGUUGCUAGCGAAGCCAUGGGCAUUGCACAUGAAGCACAACAGCUUCCACCGGAACCAACCCCGGAUGCGGAACCACUGCGCAAGCAAACGGACGAGGAGAGAGCUUUGGAUGCCUUGAUGGGCAAGACUACUACGGACAAGACUUUGGUUAUCCAGGCCUCAAAUCCGCUCAGUGAGGAAGACGCGUUCAACAAUGAUAUUGCGUCUGCCCCACCCAUGCCUUCGAUGGACGACUAUGCCCGCGUGCCGGUUGAGCAAUUCGGAGCAGCUUUGUUACGCGGCAUGGGCUGGAAGGAUGGGGAGGGUGUUGGCAGCCAGCGGGGCAUUAAGCUGAAGAAGGAAUCUGUGAAGCCUCCUGCAAAACGCUCGAAUCUGCUGGGCAUCGGAGCGAAGGAGGAUGCAGCGAUUGCUGGAGAAAUGGGCGCUUGGGGAAGAGGUGCCAAGGGUAAGGAGGUGAAGAUUUACAACCCUGUGCUGUUGAAAGACACCAAAACUGGGGAAAUGUUCACAGAGGAGGAGCUCAAGGCCAAGGCAGAGCGAGACGAGAAGGCGAAGUAUGAGCGUGAGUGGGAGAGGAAGGAGAAGGAGAAGCGAGGUGGUCGGGGCGACCGCAGUGGUGGGGAUGAUCGAAGGCGAGAUCGCGACGGAGACUCGCGCGAGCAUCGUCAUGAGAAGGACCACGGGGGUGACGACGGACGUCGACGUGACCGUAAUCAUAGCAGAGACCGCGACCGAAGAAAGUAUGAUGAUAAUGGAAGCGAUGCAGAGUACCGUCGGAGGAAGGAAAAAGAGAGGCACAGGCGACAAGACCCAGAGAGGGACGCACGCAACGGUGGUGAUAAACAUCGCAGACGUGGAGAUAACGAUCGAGACGACGAGCGGCGUCGUCACAGGGAUCAUGACGAUGGUGGCAGGCGGAGAGACGAUGAUUCUCGGCGUGAGCGCGACAGAGGUCACAGGAGAUAG